AUGUGUAGUAUAGCGGAUUUCGCGUUGUACUCACCACUCUGUCCAUGCGCAGAUUACUCAAUAUUUCGACAAAAUGGUUUUCAUGGAGAAAGUUUUUUUAUCCUGAAUCAAUGUCUCCGUCAUAAAUCAACAUAUUCGUCUAAUCGACGGAAAGAUUUGUUGCUGGAAAUAAAGGGGGAUCUUAUUUAUGGAGUGCACCCAGUCUACCUAGCGCUGCGGGCAGAGAAAAGAACAUUUAACAAGAUUUUUUACAACAGGGGCAGUUCAAAGGCCGUUGAAUUGGCUGAAAUGGCCGAGAAGAGGAAUAUUCCGGCUGUACAACUUUCAAGAGAUAAUCUUGACGAACUGACAAGAAAGGUUUCAAGGUACAAGGAUCAUCAUGUACAUCAAGGUAGUGUUUAUGUACAGUGCAGUGAGCAGAAUACAGUUUACACGAAACCUAUCAAAUUGAAAAACUGAUUAUUUCCUCGUUAAUAUGCGAUUUUCUUGAUAAAUUGAUUGAUCAAUAAGUGAAUGCUUCGUUUAUUUUUUAUUAAUUAGCUCAUUGCUCGGCUAGUUUACUUUUGUAUGAAAACAAUACUUUUUUCUGUUAAUUGAUCUGUAAUAGUUGAUUUAUUUAAUUG